UUCCACUUCCGGCUGCUCUAGGCGCUUCGCACGUGCAGGUAAGCUCCGUGCACUCUCGGUCGGUACCGAGUCCGCCUCCCUCCAGGGUCGCGCCGGCUCUGUCCUCUAGCCGGAAACGUGUCCCUCCUCACCCCGCCCCCGCGCAGACGCAGUGCUGAGCCCACAGCUGCCGGACAAAGAGUGACGCCCGGAGCCGGAGUCAUGGCGACGACGGAGCCCGGCUUGGAGGCUACUGGGGGCCCCUCGGCGAUGCCGCCAGAGAAACAGGAAGGAGCUGGCCCGAGCUCGGACCCUCAGCGUAACUCUGCGGGCUCCUCGACCGCAGGGUUCUCACCGCCUGCCCUUGAGCCUUCCAGCCCCAACGCCGCGGUCCCCGAAGCGAUUCCUAUACCCUCGGCGGCGGCUUCCGCGGCCCUUGAGCCCACACCCCGCUCCCCAACAGGCCCCGGCGGCUCUCGGCUGGGCCCCGAGACGUUCCGCCAGCGUUUUCGGCAGUUCCGCUACCAGGACGCGGCGGGUCCCCGGGAGGCGUUCCGGCAGCUGCGGGAGCUCUCUCGCCAGUGGCUUCGACCCGACAUCCGCACCAAGGAGCAGAUCGUGGAGAUGCUGGUGCAGGAGCAGCUACUCGCUAUCCUGCCCGAAGCGGCGCGGGCCCGUCGGCUCCGCCGCCGCACCGAUGUGCGCAUCACUGGCUGAGAAGCGGUCCUGUGGGCGGCCCGUCCGGGGCGAUCUCUGUGAACUGGGGCCAGGGUCUCCGGGCCUGAGCCUGGCACCGCACCCCGUGUUAAUGAAAAACGAGUUUUGGCAG